UCUUCUGAGGCAUCUUGUACCUGGAUAGGACUAUUGUCUCUCUGUGUGGUAUUCGUUCAAGUGGGAGUCCACUUUAUGAGUGGAAGGGCUGGGAUCAAGUCGCAGGCCACUUCCUCAACGGCAACAUGAAUAGUCCUCGCACCCCAGUGAAGCCCGUUGAGGAGUUAAAUCGCAUAAUUGAAACACUCAAUGUGAAAUAUGAACUGCAGUUGCCCAAUCCGGUUAUGUAUUCUCCAGCUACCCAUGGGACGGACAAACCUUUGGACUGGCGUUGUUUCUAUGGAAUCAGGAUCAUCUAUUAUAAUCGCAACGUCGAUAUAAAAAGGGUGAUCAACAACUUCGAAGAGUGGGUGACACCACGCCAGACGCAAUGGGUCUACAAACGGGGCCAGGAACCGGGCACAUUGCCCUCCCAGCAUGAUUUCUUGAGAAAAGACGGCCGCAAAGCGAUUUCGGAUGCCGAACGAGAAAUCCGUCUGCGGGAAUUGUUGAAACUGAUCGAUGAUGAGAUCUAUCUCAUCAACAGGGGUUCUUAUGGCACGGAUGCCUUGGGGUCGAGAGCAAUGCCGAGAGACUUGUCGAAUGGCCCAUCGAGAGAACAUAUUUCCGGCAGCACUCAAAGACACCAACUAUCUUUUGCAAAACGAAGGCCAUCAGACGAACAAGAGGUAUUUUAUACAGCUCCUAGCUCCCCCGUAGAGUCUCCUACGAUCUCAGACUCGUUAGCAGCAGACGGUGACGAGUUUGACGAUUCAGAUCUGGAUGACAUGGAAAUCGAUGCGAUGAGCAGGACUGAUGACGCGAUCGACGACGCACAGAAACAGAUAUCUCCUAAGAAGUCCAAGAAAAGACAAUCCACCAUACACGAGUUUCUGAAGGCAACAAAGCCAUUGUCCGAGCCGCCAACUGACAAACAAGCUGCAGGAUCUGCGAGCAAGCCCGCGGUCAGCUUUUCAACCACUGCAUCGUCGAGUUAUCUUGGCCUCGGGGACUCGCGCAAUCUGGACACUUCAUUUGGAACUGACGCCACUGAUCUGACAGACCCAUGGGAUUACGGUCCAACUCAGGACAGUCCUAUAGUCGACUUGAUGCUCGGUCAUGAAGCAAAUGACCUGUUUGAUCUUACGCGGGAACCAGAACGCCCUUCCAUACCAGAUGCACCUCAGCCCGGGUCACCGUAUGAGAAAGGGCUUGUCAAUGAACUUCUUGAGCAUGGCCCCUUCUCCACAGAAUGGAAGUUUUCCCACCAUAUUCCCGUACGAUGUAGGUAUGAACUGGAAAGAAUUGCCCGGGAAUGGAAUUUGCCUUCAGAGAAGAUGCUUGUAGGGGAGAAGGUCCCAUUUUCCAAAUACGACGACCUCUGGAGAUGGAUUGAGAACCACGGUCAAAGAUCCGGCAGGGCGCUUCCUGAAAAAUCGGCGUCGAGUGCCUGGGACUCGGCAGUUAACCAAUUCAAGCACCCAGAAAAACAUUCUGAAGUCACCGUGUUUUCAGGGGAUCUGUCCUGGUGCGAUUGGUCUGAGCGAGGCAUCCUGAAACUCAAGUUGAAUCCUCUUCGCGUGGAAAAGAGCUGCCGUUUCCAUCGUCGCUUUGGCUCGGAUAGAUUUCUGACCCUUACCAUACCGGCACCCUCCCGGCCAGCAGAACACCUCCGUUUUCCUUCUCACCCAUCACUCUUGCGGGAGAGCAUAGUCAAGUGGCUUACCCAGAAUGACCACCGAUGUCUUGGAAGAACAUGGAGACCAUUCUACGUGGAGGAAGUCAAAAACAAAAAGAAACAGACAGGAGAGAUCAGGUUCCGCGUCGAGUUCUUCGCCGUGGACGGUAUCGAUUUCAAGCACAAUCAGCGGAAAGCGCCCACCCUAGCCCCUGCUGGACAGGGAAGUGACGAGCACACUCCAAUGAGCGUUGAAUCGCUGCUCGAAUGGCAUAUACCCAAGCUGCCAAAUGUUGAGCAGUCUGAUUGCAAGCUCUUUCAGCGAAUUUCGCUGGCUCUAUCGAAAACGUGGGCUACUGCCGUUCUCCGCCCGGACCAGAUCUUCCAUCUGAAAGAUGAUCCUGGUAAGACCGUGAUGAAUGAUGGCUGUGCUUUGAUGUCUAGGGCUCUGGCACGAACCAUCUGCGACCAAUUGGGAAUCUCUGGGAGCACCCCUAGCUGCUUCCAGGGCCGGAUAGCAGGAGCUAAAGGGCUAUGGAUGGUGGAUAGACACAAUUCUUUUCUUGGAGAUGGCGAUGAGCUCUGGAUCCAGAUCUCAGACUCCCAGCUGAAAGUCAAACCCCAUCCCCGCUACUGGCAGCACCCUGGCUCCGAUAAGGAAAAGCUCACGUUUGAAGUCACAAAUUGGUCGAAGCCUUUGCACUCGGUCGAUCUGAACAUCCAACUCCUCAAUAUCCUUGACAACAGAGGAGACGUGAAGGACUAUGUCGCCGGUCUGGUGCGUGACGGCAUAGAGGAGGCCCAUCAGGACUUCACAACAGCCAUGGUAAAGGACAGUCCUCUGCUAUGCAGAGCCUUGAUCCAAAAGAUCAGACCGCCGGCAGAAGAGGGGCUGUCUCGAAAUAAGUCUCGAGCAUUGGAUUCCUGGUGGCUAGACAACUCAGAGAGUGUGAUCCGGUUCCUAGAGGCAGGGUUUACUCCGCGCAACUUCCUACCUCUGCGUAAGCGGCUCAGGAACUGCUUGAAAGCCGCUUUGGACCGUUAUUUUGAAGAGCUCCACAUCCGGGUGCCUCUCUCAACAUACGCGUACUGCAUUGCCGAUCCUUACGGCGUCCUGAAGGAAGAUGAGGUUCACUUUGGUUUUUCGUCUGCGUGGGAUGACCCCAGUUUCGAAGACAACAUGCUUGAUGGCGUCGAAGUUCUCGUAGGGCGUCUUCCUGCUCAUCUUCCAUCGGACAUCCAGCGCCGAAGAGCCGUGUGGAAGCAAGAGCUGCGCCAUUUCAAGGAUGUGAUUGUCUUCCCGACCCAGGGAGAUAUCCCGCUAGCGCAUAUGCUUUCCGGUGGUGAUUACGACGGAGAUAUUCCAUGGAUCUGCUGGGACCAAAACAUCGUGAAGAGUUUCAGAAACGCACAUCUCCCGAAAGAUCCACCAGGUCCAGAGUAUUUCGAGCUCGUGAAGCAUUCGGCUCCAAUGACAAAAAUCCAUUCCACGGACGAAUUUCUCGAAAAAACAUUUAUGUUCAACCUGACCACCUCCAACCUGGGACGGUGCACCGUCGAGCAUGAAAAGAUUGUCUACGAGGAGUCGCUAGACUCCGGUAGAGCCCAGGAAUUGGCAGCACUUCUCAGCCACCUAGUCGAUAGCCGCAAGGCAGGUCUUUGGCUUCCGGAGGAUGCCUGGAAGCGGUAUCGCGGUAAGAUCAGUCCUCGUGCGCGCAGACCGCCAGCUUACAAGGACCCCGAUUAUCGUGGAUGGAAUCCGAACAAUAUUGUCGACUACCUGAAGUUUGAAGUAGCAAGAAGGGAAGUGAAUCGGGUUCUGAAAGCAGUAGAGGACCUGUACGAUAAGUUGGAUGUCCAGUCUCGGUCUGAUAAAGACCUCGAGAGACCGUGGCAGACUGCCGUCAACAGGGCGAGGCAAGAGAGCGGGGCAGGCCAGGAAGUUGUGGGCAACGCCUUGAAGGUGAUUAAAUGUCAAGUAGAGGAUGCCCACACGAAGUGGGGGCGCGACAACUGGCUCAACGAGAAAAGAUCUUUCAAAGUCGUCGCCCAAGCCGCAGGAGACGUUGUCCAGCAGAUUCAGCCGCCGGCAGGUGACCAUCCCUUAUUGCAUACCUGGCGCAAUAGCCGAUAUGAAUGGCAGCGGCUGCUAGCAUCUUGUGCCUAUGCGAGAUAUCCGCAAUCUGACUUUGUGUAUUAUGCGCUUGGGGAGACGCUGUGCCGCAUCAAGACCGGACAUGCUCCUGCGCGCCUCGUGACCGAUAUGAUGUACAGUUGCUACAAAUUCAGCAUCAAGACGUCACAACGACUGGCGUCCAAGCUGGAUGAAGAGGAUAGUGAUGGAGAAUACGAAGGCCAGGAGGCGAUUGAGGCGCUGCUCAGUCGUGGAGAGAGUAUCGGUUUUGAGUACGACGAUGAUGACAAUGCAUCAGUGGAAUAAACCCCAUCAUUCCAGCGUUUGGGCGAAAACCAUCGUCCGGUCUUGGAUUUGAGCUGAAUUUAGCGUUGUCCUAUUAUUCAGUUGGCGCUAUGUCUAUAGCGAUGAUACCCCUGUGCGAUCAAAUUCUCGUGGCGUCUUCUGAGAAGCCAUGACGUACCAUAUAUAUAUAUAUAUAUAUGUUUGGCCUUAUGCACUCAGUUGAGAUCAUAUGAGACAUUCAGAAGACGUUAGCCAGAGAAUGUUGUAUUCGUAGAGUAUAUUUUGUUAUGAGACAGAUUUGUUGAUAGUAGAACCAGAUGUCAGUGUCAUCGAAUAAUUGAAUUCCAGGAGUUUCUUUCGGGUCGGUGUUGCCGCGGCAAAUUUUUCAAGUCAGACUAUCAAUAGUCCCUGGCCGGGAUCUAGAGGGAUGC